AUGGAAAUACUCAAGCAACUUCACAUCAACAUACCUUUGAUAAAAGCUAUUGAACAAAUGCCAAAUUACUCCAAGUUCAUGAAGGACAUGCUUAUUAAAAGAAAGAGAUUGGGAGAAUUUGCCACUAUUGCACUUACUCAAGAAUGUAGUCAAUUGGUGCAAGGCAAGCUCCCUCCCAAGUUAAAAGAUCCUGGAAAUUUCACUAUACCUUGCAACAUUGAUGACUUAUUUGGUGGAAAAGCACUAUGUGACUUAGGGGAAAGCAUUAAUCUUAUUCCUUUGUCCAUAUUCAAGAAGCUAGGGAUAGGUGCAUCCUGGCCUACAACCAUCACUCUGCAGUUGGCAGACAAGAGCAUUUGUUAUCCCCAAGGAAAUAUUGAAGAUGUUCUGGUCAGGGUUGACAAAUUUGUAUUUCCAGCUGACUUCAUCAUAAUGGAUUUUGAUGCUAAUGAAGACAUUCUCAUUCUGUUGGGAAGACAUUUCCUUGCUACAGUAAGGACAUUAAUUGAUGUGGAAAAAGGUGAACUCACUAUGAGGGUAAAUGGUCAACAAGUGGUGUUUAAUGUGAUGAAUGCACUACAAUAUCCAGAAGAAGAGGUUGCUGAUUGUUUAAUGAUUUCCUAUUGGGAUAGAAUUGUUCACAAAAGCUUGCUGAAGUCCAUUGAUGUCCUGACUCAAGAGCUGGGAAAGGUGAAAGAGAUAUUGCAAGAAGGAAUCAUGUAUGGUCCCAUGAAUCAAUCAGUUGUGAAGAAGGAACAUAUGGAAGAAUUUGAUUUAAAGGCUGAUCAAAAUCCACAUUCACCAUCCAUAGAGGUUCCUCCUGAGUUAGAAUUGAAGCAACUUCCUGCCCAUCUUUAA